AUGGUUCAAAAGAAGUACGCAGAUCCGCUGCCGCUCGACGGUCUCUCAUUCCGGAUCGCCAUUCUGUCUCCAGGCUCACUGGACGACAUCCUCCAUAUGACCCUCGAGGUCCGCAGCCUCGACGAGUCAAAGCUCGACUACGAAGCCAUCUCAUAUUGCUGGUCCCAAGGAAUCGGCGACGCCAUCGAAGACAAGUGGGAUUUUGAAGUGAAGUGUGAUGAGGUUACGAUCAAUGUGCCGAGGAAUCUUGGACGGGCACUCCGAAGGCUCAGAUAUCGAGACAAGCAGCGGAGGCUAUGGAUGGACUCCGUUUGCAUCGACCAGCAGAAUAUCGAGGAGAAGAACUGCCAGGUUGCACGCAUGGGGCAGAUUUUUGCGACGGCGACACGGGUUGUUGUCUGGCUUGGAGAGGAAGAUGAGAAUACGAGGUCCGUGUGUGGAACCAUAAGGCUUUUGGCGAAAGCUGGUUCGAUUCUAGAGAAACAAGACCAAGCAACAAUCCAACACGCCUUGCUCACGAAGCCAGUGUGUGAGGUGGCGGGAUUGCGGCCUGUUUCUCGGAAGGAGAUGCAAGCCAUGGGCUACUUGCUCCAAAGAGCUUGGUUCGAACGCGCAUGGGUUUAUCAGGAGAGUGUUCUGGCAAGUGAAACAGUGGUCAAAAUCGGGUCAUUCGAAAUUGCUGGAAGUACUAUUGUCUCAAUGGUCGAGUGUAGAAUGGAAUAUGGCAUGUCUUAUAUUGGCAAGCCAGAGAAUUCGUUGGCUCUCGAUCGUGCCUAUGUGAUGUUUCUUCCCCUCAAGAAAAGAUCUGAAUUCGGGUCCCAUUUCUGGCAAGACUUAUUUUGGGCACUGAGAGCAAGAAGAGGAGCCAAGACUUCAGAUCCUCGCGAUGUCGUAUAUUCUCUUCUCGGAGUCGCAGCUGGCGGGAAGUUUUCAGCCUUCACCCCAGACUACAAUCGAAGCUGGCAGCGGUUAUAUAUUUUCAUUGCCAAAAAGAUCAUUGAGGAGACCCAUAAUCUGGACAUCCUUAGCGAAUUGACCGCAAUUCCAACGGCUUUUGUCAGUGCCCCGAAGAUGUUGCCAAGCUGGGUUCCGGACUGGCGUGUGCCACUUGAUGAGACCGUUAAAUUCAGCAUGGAUUCGAACCUCGAGGCAGGUCCAAUAUCACGUGUCUUCUUUUCUACGGGCCAGUCCGCAGUGUCUCUGAUUGAGGACGAAGAUGAAUUUUCCAGCAAGCUUAAACUUCAUGGAAUACACGUGGAUAUUAUAGAAAGCAUCCAACCUUCGGGAGGAUGGGUUGACUGGAGAGAGUUCCGCCAAUUUUUGACUGAAACGAUUUACUGGCCAACUCGAGAGCCAAUGCCACUGGCACGUAUCAAAAUGCUGAGCCUUGAUGCAUUUCCUUGGGAUCCGGACAUGCCAGAUUAUGUGCCGAAAGGUGCUGUACCUUCUGUUAAAGAUUAUAAGAUGUAUCUGAAAGGCGAAAAAGAGGAUGUCGAUUUGGUUAUCAUGAGCGAGAUGAGUCGAAGACGGAGGAAGGUGAUACUCACUUCACGCGGGUUUUUUGGAGUCGCUCCGCAGUCAGCGAAUGUUGGUGACCAACUUUAUCUAUUGCCAGGUACAGAGUUUCCAAGCCUGUUAAGAAGGUAUCCGAAAGAGGAAAUUGAGUACGAAUUCGUAGGAGAGUGCUAUAUCCACGGGUUGAUGAAUGGUCAAGGAAUGAAAAUAGCUCACGAGAUAGUUGAUGCGCCUUGCGACAUCGCUUCGGAUAACAAUUUAUCUCCUUUCAGGCUUCACAAGGAGGAGACUUGUUCGAGAUUAGAAGAGAUAGUUAUCUGUUAA